CAACUAAUGAAUUUAUGAUGGACUGACGUCACUAAACAUAUGAACUAUGACCAAAGAUUACCACAUCAAGCAGAGCCAAGCAGGUCAGUUGUGGCUUUAAAAGUGCUGGAGAGCGAAGCCUGUUGACCAUUUCCAAAAUUUUACAGAUAAACCUUUGAGGAGAGGACAAAUUUCCCACAUGGACUCCAGUCAGCCAGAGACUGUGCCGUACGCUCGCUGGAAUGAGGACAACAUCAAUAUGAAUGUAGAAGCAACACAAUCUAUAAUGAUCAGGAUCUACAACAGAAUGUGUACGGGCAGAACUGGAAUAGCAGUGAAGACAGCAGGAGCAUUGGCUGCACUAGUGAUCCUCUACAUCAUGGGAUAUGCUACUGGAUAUUAUGUUCAUAAAUGUGGAUGAUGGAGUUCAAGAUGAAAGAUAAAUAAUAUAGCCAUUCUGGCUAUAUCUGACAUCACACUUGUAAUAAAACAUGUGAAGGGCAAAUAGCAAUAAGUUCAGCUGUUUUUAAAGUGUGACUAAAUUAUUAUUUUUCAACUACAGAUAAUUAUAUAAAUUCAAAAUUAAAAUGGGAUGCAAUGGUAUCAAGUACAAGAAAAUGUUUAUGUUGUGUAUUUGAGUUGAUUAGAUUUGAUAUAUUUGUGAAUUCAAUAAAGCAUAUGUGAGCAUGUUACUGACAUUGGCUGUAAGUUGUAGCACUGAAACUGAACUAUAACUAAGUUUCCACAGGCUGUUAAAUAAACGACACUGCCCUCAUGUGCUCAAAAGGGAAACUAACACAUA